AGACAAGACAAGAGACAAUUGUAUUUAAGUGCAAGAAAACAAAUCUAAAUAAAGCAAUAGUCAAUAUUAAAUAAAUUGUAACAAUAUACUGGGGCUUAUAAAGUUAAAUCAUGCCGGACCAGAGAAGAGAUGACAAUUCUGACGUAGUCCCUAAAAGGGAAGAGUUUCAUCCGGAGGUCAAUUACGAUGUGCUUCUAACUGCAGCGGGGGGAUUCGGAAAAUAUCAAUGGUACCUGUUCUUCAUCAGUGGACCGUUUUAUUUCUUCUUCGCUUUUGUUUACUUCUCACAAAUUUUUAUAACACAAGUAUCUACCAAUCACUGGUGUUGGAUUCCAGAGCUUGAGAAUUUGACUGUGACUGAAAGGAGGAACAUAGCGAUUCCUAAAGACCAGAGUUCCAGUUUUGGAUAUUCAAGAUGCUCUUCAUAUGUGGCUGACUGGAAGGACGUGCUGAAUACUGGACAGCGUCCCAAUGAAACGUGGAGUACACAGGAAUGCCAAUAUGGAUGGGAGUUUGAUAAAACUGAAAUACCAUAUCAGACUAUUUCAAGUGAACUUGGAUGGGUUUGUGAAAAAAACAGCUACCAAGCAAUUGCUCAAUCAAUAUAUUUUAUAGGUUCUGUUUUUGGAUCAUUACUUUUUGGAUGGAUAUCUGACCGUUUUGGAAGACUUCCUGCAACCACAGUGAGUAAUAUGUUUGGUUGUGUAUCAGGAAUCACCAGUAUAUUCUCAACCAAUAUCAUCGACUUCUCAGUGAGUAGAUUCGUCAUGGGAAUGGCUUACGAUAGAUGUAUGAUGAUGCCUUAUCUGUUAGUCUUAGAAUUCGUUGGUCCAAAAUAUAGGAGCGUUAUAACGAAUGUGCCAUUUGCAAUUUUUUUCAUGUUGGGUUCUGUUGCGUUACCGUGGAUUGCAUUAGCUUGUCAUGAUUGGCGAGUAUUUUCUUUAGCUACAAGUAUUCCAUUAGUUUUAACUUUGUUGACUCCACUUUUCAUUCCAGAAAGUCCAAGGUGGCUUCUAUCUAUGAAUCGUGUAGAUGAGGCCAUUGACAAAGUUAACAAUAUAGCAAAAAUAAAUGGAGAAACUAUACCGGAAAAUAUGAUCCAACUAUUCAAAACAAACGUAGGAGCGGGAACAAAAGAGGAUGAAUCAAGCUGUUUGGAAAUUUUUAAAAGGCCGUUAAUGCUUAAAAUGUUUCUGAGUAUGUGUCUGCUAUAUUCCUGUAAUGUUAUUGCUUACGAUGUGCUUCUGCGAAACAUUGAAUCAUUGGGUUAUGAUUUUUUUCUUUCAUUUACAUUGAUAUCCAUUACCGAAUUACCAGCUUGUAUAUUAGUUGGAUUCGUUUUAGAUAGAUUAGGCCGAAAAUUUAUGAUGGUUGUAUCAUUAGGUAUUUGUAUAAUAUGCUGCAUAACGAUUAUAUUAUUGAGUGGUGGAUUAGCUGCAGUGGCAUUCGCCAUGAUUGCUAGAUUUACAUUAAAUAUAUCUUAUAAUAUAUCAAUGCAAUGGCCUAAUGAAAUAGUGCCAACCUGUGUUCGAGGUUCUGCAACUUCCAUUAUACAUAUAUGUGGGGUAUUUGCUGCUGUUCUGUCUCCAUAUAUUGCUUAUUCAGAGAACUAUGUGACAGGAAUGCCGUUAAUAUUGAUAGCUAUUAUAUCAGCGACUGGUAUACUGUGUUGCUUUGUGAUACCGGAAACAUCUGGCAAAGAUUUGCCGCAGACGUUUUCUGAAGCGGAGGAAUUGGUUGUUAAUGAAAAAUGUUUAAUUGUACCGAUUUCAUUUCCUAAAUUCUUACUAAAAUGGAAUUAGCAUUGAUACUCCUCAUGUAUAAUUCAACAAAUUUUACACUUAGCAUAAAUUUAGAAGAAUAACAAAUUGAGUAAUUUGUAGCUGUUGUUAUGUUAACUACAAUAGUUACCAUAACAAUAGCUACAAAAUUAUACUAAAACUUAUGGACGAUGCGGGACUCGAACCCGCGCCUCUUGGGUUCCGUCCAAGCACUCUUACCAGUUCUGGUACAAAUUAAAAUUUGUCUGUUUAAUCCCAAAAGUAGGAGAUAUUGCUUAAAAAAACAACCAACUGCUUAGAUUUUAAAGAGCGACAUCCCAAGUCAAUUUCCUAAUAUGCAAUUAUUGGGGCUUAGCAGAUUAUCGCAAAGUAGAUGUAGAUGAAGCCACAACCUGGAUUUACGAUCGAUGCGUCACUCAGACGGUUGGCUCAGUUGGUAAGAGCGCUCGGACGGAAUUAUUAAAUAUAGUUUUAUGUAGUAAAAUUAUUACAAAUAAAUUUUGGUACAAAUUAAAUUUGUUUAUAUACUUCAUUCCAGAAGUGAAGCCCCUCACUUCUGGAAUCACUAUCACACUCACUUAAAAAUAAUAAAACAGAUUUCAUAGUAAUAUAAUGAAUACUCAUAUUAUAAAUGCGUAGAUAUGUGAGUUUGUUUCUCUAUAUUUUGUUUGUUAGUUUAUUAUGGUUUCACUCUCAAACUGCUCAACCAAUCUUCAUGAUUUUUUUGUAAAGAGUACAGAAAAGGAUAUUAUUGAUUGUAAGUAUUUUAUAUUCCCCAAUAAAUAUAAUACAAAUUUAACGGGUCCACAUGAAACCAACGACGGUGAAUGAACGCUAUUUAAUAAAAUAGAAAAAUAAAGUAGGACGCGAGUUAAAGAGGAAGACCAUUAUAUUAUGACGGUCGUUCUUUGUAUGUAGACACGGCAUAAUCCAAACUAUGUCACGAAAAAAGCUAGUGUAAUAUUAUAGUAUAUUUUAUAUGAAGUAAUAAUAAACGUGUUAUAAGAUUAGUAAAAAUUUAUUCUUCACAUAAAAGUUACAUUAUUAUCUCGCCCAUGACCAGGAAAGCACGUGAAAUAUUGGAAUAAAUAAAUGACGGUGUAAAUUUUUCGAAGUAAUUAAAAAUAAAAUUCUUUAAUUAUCACACCCGCAUUAAUUUAAUUCUUGUUAAAAUAUUUAACAUUUUUUUAUUGUUUCUAUUUAAGUUUAAAUUAAUAGUAAGUUUUCGUAUGUAGCUACUUAACUUCAGGUAGGUCUACACUAUGCGAGCACGAGCGAACUGCCAGUGGAACACGAAUUCUUGUGUAGUGUGGAUUCGCUUACGAGCGUAAAACGAGAACGCUUGUGUUUGGCAUGUGCUCCACAGUGCUCUACUAACUGUGGGUUUUAAUAAACAGAAAUAGAUUUCCGUCGCGUUCCUGGUACAUCGCUCGAGUAUAUUGAAAAAUUAUUUAAUUUUAAUCUGUUUUAAUUACUAAAUUAUAAAAUAAACAGAAUAUAUUAAUUUUAAAGGCAUAGCAAAUAUGUAUCAUAUUGUAUAAAUUUUAUUAUUAAGGAAUCAAAAAAUAGAUGAUAAAAUUAAUGCCUUUAAGGACUUUUAGUAAUUGUAACAGAAGCCCGCCCCAGUCUUUUCUUCCCCUACUUUAUGUGAACAUCCCUUACUAAUAUAUGUAGUUAAGUUGAUUUACGCGAACACUGGUAACAUAACAUAACAUAAUUUACCAUGGAUAUCGGAGUUCUAUGCAACACUGCAUUUUAUUAAAGAUUAUGUAUAUGGUAUAGUAUAUUUUUAAGACGUUGUAUUAUAUGUAUAUAUAUUUACGUAUUCUGAACCUCUGUUGUGUGAAAUAAAGUUUAUUAAUAUUA